GAUAAACUAAAACAGAAAUUCGACAAUGAUGUAAUGGAUUUUGGGUCCCAUUAACACUUUCUAUCAAAUCUGAAAAUUUCCCGAGAUUGAACUAUACGAAUUAAUUUCAUUUUGAAAUUUAAAAAUCGAUGUUUAUGUUUAUAUAUAUAGACGCUGCUCAUUGUAUUGUUAUUUUUCAGAUAUUCACAAUGGGAGAAAGCUCAUCGUCACCACGAGGGAGAAACUUGAGUGAUUUCAUUGAUCAUAAUGCCUCAUUUUCUUCCUCCUCUUCAGUAAUGAAGCUGUUUGGUGUCGCCGUCACUGAUGGCGGCAUAGCUCCGGCGACAGAACAACCAGACUGUGACAGCAAAAGAUUCGAGUGCCAAUAUUGCAAAAGAGACUUCGCCAAUUCUCAAGCAUUAGGUGGCCAUCAGAAUGCACACAAGAAAGAACGGCAAAGAUUAAAAAGGGUGCACUUCAUGAGUAACCAUCACCGGCGUUUUGCAGCGCCGGUGACCAUUAUCAAUGCACAUGCAGCAAGAUCUGGACAUUUCCAGCAACCGCAGAUGGCGGUGGUGGAUCACUAUAUAUGUCCUUCGUCACCACCACAGGUACUGUCCGGUGUUCCUCUAAGAUUUCCUAGCAGGUUUUACAUCGGACGACCACAGCAUCUCAGCCUUACCACGGCUGGUAUGAGUUCAAAUUCGUCAAGGAUGAUCGAAGCAGCAGAUGAUAACGGUGAUGGUGUAGACGUUGAUCUGCAUCUUUGAUGGUUCCAGCUGCGGAGCUGCCAAUAACUUUUAUUUUUUUAUUUUUUGUUUCUAAAUUCUAAUUAAUUUUGGGUUAUAAUCUAAUUUUGUUUCCAUGUUUUGGUAUUAGUAUAUCUCUUAUAUCAAAUAUUAAUUGAAGCAUAUGUUCUUUUUCUCAA